AUGUCUCUCUCUCCAUCGUCUACAACCACCUCUGAACCGUCGCACGCCAAACGCAAGCGUGCGAUGAGCUAUACAUCGAACAAUGGCAGCGACUCCCACCAGUAUGGGGGCUUACCUAUGCACCAGGGCCACCCCUCGACGAACGGACACUAUCCUCCACAGCCGCAACAGGUCCCUGGAACGGCCACGCCCCAGGCACACAUGCCGACAAGCAUCCCGAAGCGGGGGGCAAGGGCAUGUACGGCGUGCAGAAAGGGCAAGAAUCGAUGCGAAGGCGAGUCACCUUGUCGGCGAUGCCAAAUGAGCGGCACCCCGUGUGUAUUCGAAAAGCCCGAGAAGAAAAAUCAAGUCAAUGGGAAUGCCAAUGGAGCCGCAGAACGGGUCUCUCGACUCGAGGGUCAGUACUUGAUGAUGCAGUCGCAGAUGAUCGGGAUGCAGUCGUCACUCGAUCGUAUUCUGUCGGCUAUACAGAGCCAAAAUGCUGCACAGGUGUAUCCCCACAGUGCCAUCCCACCUACUCCGCAGUCUGCCUCAACACACCCGUCUAUGUCCGAAUCACCACGUGAAGGUGUUGCAUUUACCCCCCAACCAGUGGUUCCGUCCUCAAGUCGUGAUGGUUACUAUGAUGAUGACCGAUCGCCUCCUCGCAAAAAGUGGCCUGCACUGCCAGGAUUCGCGCCACCACCGCACAAAUUUGCAACUUAUGGCAUAGUGCCCUCAACGGCACCUUCCUCAGAGGACGAGUCGGAAGAUACCUUACCAAGAUCCGCACUCAAUGCGCCAAUCGAAGCAUUGCAAGGGCUUGCUAAUGCUGCCGUUGAAGCUGCUACGGGCCCAGGUUUAUCUCCACGCCGUGACGCCUACAAUCGGGUAAAGAAGCGCAAACGUGUGGAACCCAUCCCCCGAAAUGCAUUUCCCAACGUUCUCGAGAAGGGCCUUGUUCGAGAAGAUGAAGCCAGGGAGUUGUAUAAUAUGUGGGGAUUCUUCUCGGGAUGCCACCUUUUCAUUCCGUUGUUUGACCCAGCCUAUGAUACUUUUGAAAGUCUUCGAGAUAGGACCCCGUUUUGUUUUGAUGCAAUUCUUGCUGUGGCUGCGAAAAUCCGCGUGGGCAAUGGUCAGCCGGGAGCAACAUUUCACAGAUGCCUCGAGGAAGCACAGGGUAUUGCUCGGUCAACACUGUUUGGACCAGUCGUGCGGAAGGAGGCCGUACAAGCUAUGUUGUUGUUAUCCGCAUGGAGCACGAACGGUUGGUUACCAAGUGGUCAUGCAAUGCGCAUGGCGCUAGAUUUGGGUCUUCACAGAGCAUUGGAGAAACUGGCUGAUGGUCCGUCAGAAGGGAAGCGCAGCGAAGCCGAAGAGCGCGACUUGGUUGUCUCUGCUCGCAUUUGGCUAUGCUUGUACUGGUUCGAUCAUCAAAUGAGUCUCGGGACUGGUCACCCAAUUAUCCUUCGUGAUGAAAGUUCUAUCCGGCACUGCCGCUUACUACUCUCGCAUCCAAUGGCAUCGCCUACGGAUGUACGACUUGUUUCUCAGAUUGAAUUGAUUAUCCAGAAGACGCAAAUAUACGAAACCCUCUCUCCCCUCAACGGCCAAGUCAAUCACAGUACAUUGGCUUUUAUUAGGCGUGCGAAUAUUGCCCUUGACAAAUGGUGGGCUGAUUGUGACGAACUGCAUCGUCCGACAAUGGAUGAAGAUUCCCUGCUGCGUAAAAUACUAUCUGGCGAGUUGUAUUACGCGAAACUAUGGCUCGUUUGUGUGGCCCUGCGCGGGGUAUCGUGGGACAAGAUGCCCUUUGAACAACGCGAGCUCGCGUUCCAAGCGAAGGAAGCCGCUAGUAAUUGCCUGGCAACAUUUCUCAAUUCGCCUGCUUACCGUGCCGCAUUACGCUACGCUGUACACGAUAGCCUGGUCACUGCGGCGUUCUCUGGACUCUUCCUCCUCAAAGUGGCGAAUUUGUUCCCAGGAGAAGUGGACUUGGCUGGAAUUGUCGUGCAGGUCGACCAACUUGCAAACUUACUGAGCGAGGUUGCUGCCGAGAGAUAUGCCCUCACUUUGAGAGUCAUGCUCACCAACCUUAGGCGCAAGAUCGGCUUGACUACCCCAGCACUCCAGCCCGGUGACGGAAUCGACGUCUCAGCGGUUACUUCCGCUACCCCAGGUGUAACUGGGUUCGAUCCUACUGCACCCACGUCUGCGACAGGGUUGACCGGAAUGGGGAUACUGGACGAUAUGGCCUUCUCUUGGCCGGCGGACAGCAUGUUUAGCCCAUCUAAUAUCCCCCUGUGGCUGCAAGAGGCGAGUCUCACCGAUUUGGGUUUACCCAUCAAUGGAUCCGAUGGCGUAUUCUUGCCCUUCGGCCCGGGGUGGACCGGGCUUGGAGAGAUGGGGAUGCCCGAGGCUUGGUAG